CUCUCCGUUAGUAGAUAACGAUGGAUAGCGCAAAUAUUUCAGAGCUUUACGAAGCUGUCUGUGCAGAACAUCAGAUAAAAAGAAACCCACACAUUAUAGAGGUUUUAGAGAAGACGACGGAGACGAAGAAUUUAACCUUAAAACUGUCAGGAAACAACCGACUGAGACUCAUCCAGAGACUAAACAAUGAAGACGUCCUGGUUCUCUCCAAAUGUCUGCAAAACAAGUGUGUGACAGGUCUUGAUGUGAAGUACAACAACAUAACAGAUGAAGGGGCUGGACACCUGGCUGACCUAUUACAGGAGGAGAAUUCAGCUCUGCGCUCUUUGGACCUGAUGUUCAACGACAUCCUGACAGACGGAGCUGAGAUCCUCAGCAAGAGCCUGCAGAGUAACAGCACCUUGCUCUCUCUGAGGCUUUCAGGUAAUAAGAUCGGGAACAAAGGAGCCAUGCACCUGGCGAGCAUGCUGCAGGUGAACAACACCCUGCAGGAGCUGGAGCUGGCUGACUGCGACCUGGCCACGCAGAGUGUGAUAGCGCUCACCAUCGUGUUAAAAAGCAACAAAGCCCUUCGCUCUGUCGAUAUCAGCCGGCCACUGCUCUUCAGUCACCAGGAGGAGUGGGCGGUGCACUGCUCUGAGAUGCUGGCAGUGAACAGCACCCUGGUGGAGCUCCACCUGGGGAAGAUGGGGAUGACCGACACCGGGAUGGAGAGGCUGACCGAAGGCCUGAAGCUCAACCACAGCCUGCGCUACCUGGACCUCCGCUGUAACCGUGUGACUCGUGACGGUGCGUACCAUCUUGCUGAGGUGCUGAAGCAGAACCCGGCCCUGGAGGUCUUAGAUCUGUCGUCCAAUCGGAUCGAAGAUGACGGCGCCAUUUACCUGAGUGAAGCCAUCGCCUGGCCAGGCAGCACCCUGAAGGAGCUGUCUGUCAACAGUAACAACAUCAGGACGGAGGGUCUGCUGUCUCUGACUCAGGCUAUGAAAGCUAACACAACUUUAACACACAUCUACAUCUGGGGAAACCACCUGGAGGAGCCUGUCUGCCAGGCCUUCAGAGAGCUGAUAUACAGCGACCGGCUGCUGCAGGAGCACACAGACGUCAGCGCGUACGAGGUGGACGGUCACGUGUUUCUCGCAGAGGUCUUCCAGAAUCUGAGGAGACAUUAUUACAGCGUGGACAGCCCAGACUCCACCUUCCCACUGCACACUGACACCUGGCAACUUGUUCCUCUGCAGCUCUGCUAAUCUCUCACUAAACCUCCUCACUUCCAACAGCAGCCCAACAGACAGAGACUUCAACACUGACAUAAAAAGACACAACACUGAUUCAAAUGUGCAAAAAAAAAAAAAAAAAAAGCAUGCAAAUAUACCAAGUCAUGAACUUGAUGAUAAAAUAAACCAUCUCAACAAUAAACUGAUAUUUUUUAAAUCAGUGGAGCAUCCAAAAUAAACAUCUGCAUCCUGAUAUCCAUCUUUUUUUACAUUUAAAUGUUUAUUGCACAGAUUUUAGGCUGCAUGACAUCAACUGCAAAGAUUUAAGCUUGUAAAAGUACAUUGUGCAUGUGAAACAGUAAGUGCGUCUAUAAAACUGGGCAGUAAUUCUAAAUGGAUCGACUCCUCGAGAGGAUGCUUAAU